AUGACUCUCAAACGCCUCACAUUAUCUUGCGCGAGCAUCGCCAUAUUUGCGUUCAGCGUAUCAGCUCGGAAUAUAGUCUUUCCGCCAAUUGCUGGUGUGAAUGGUCUGAUCGGGUCCGAUACACAAGCGGCGCUUUCGUCUGAUAACGCACCUUUGCAUAUUGGCUUGAAAUUUCAGGGAUUGACAACAUUUGCAAAUCUUCCUUACGUAUUCUGUCUGUCUGAGGAGCAAAAUAUUGAGUCAUAUGACAUUGCCUUUCUUGGAGCCCCAUUUGACACCGGCGUCACUGGCAGACCUGGUGCUCGUUUUGGACCCCGCGGCAUCCGACAAGGUUCGCAUCGGAUGAGUCCAGAGGCGGGCUAUAACAUAUAUGCUGGCUCCAAUGCUUUCCUCGACUGGGCAAAAAUCGUUGACUGUGGUGAUGUGCCGCUUACCGUUCUGGACAAUACAUAUGCACUCAAGCAGUUGGACAGGGCACACAAGGUCGUCUCGGGUAGGACUGCAAACUCGACAGAAAAGUCUUCCGUUCCUCGUAUCAUCACAUUGGGCGGAGAUCAUACUACGACUUUGAGCGCAUUGAGGUCGACGUUUGAUAAUUGGGAUAAAGUCAGUGUUAUCCAUUUCGACAGUCAUCUGGAUACCUGGCGUCCCGAUGUGCUUGGAGGCGGUAUAUCCGAUUAUGCGGGCGUAAAUCACGGGACUUUCCUUCAUAUUGCGCAUGAAGAAGGGUUGAUUCAUAAUAACUCUGUCCAUGCCGGCGUUAGAGCUCCUCUUUUCAGCAGACGCGAUCUUAAAAAUGACGUGCGCUGCGGCUUCGAUAUAAUCACGGCAAGGGAGAUUGAUAGAAUUGGCGUUCAUGGAAUCAUUGAACGUUUAAAGAGCCGGGUGGAAGGGUCAAAAGUUUACAUUACCGUGGACAUUGAUGUUCUUGAUCCCGCAUACGCACCCGCAACUGGCACCGCUGAGGUCGGUGGUUGGUCUACUCGAGAGCUUUUAAGCAUCCUAGAUGGACUUGAAGGAUUAGACAUAAUCGGCGCAGACGUUGUCGAGGUCUCGCCAGCUUAUGACAAUGCCGGCGAGACCACCGUUUUAGCAGCCGCGGAAGUGGCUCACUCUCUGAUGACACUUAUGGUACAGAAGCCAGUGAAAGCAUCGACAUGACACCAACGCCUUAGGCGCACUACAGCAAUUCUACCAAGGAUAAUGCACAUUGUUUAGUUGAGCCGGUCUUUGCGCUGCGGAUGGAGACAAAAGUGUAUAAAGAAAUAUACUGAACUUCAGUAUCUGUAAGCCAGAAAUGCAGAAAUCAUCGG